AAAAGCAAUAUUUCCAUCAAAGUGCAUUUCAUGGUUUCCAAGUUUAGAAGAGGUAGAAUUGGAAGAUAUGAAUUUUGAAGGCGUGCUAUUUGAUCUGAAAAUCCAUGGCCAGACAACUCCAAUAUUUCCCCAGUUACGUAACUUGGAGAUAUGGGCUUGUUCGUUUACACACUUGUGGAAAAACAUUCUGUCUGGAUUUCAGGGCUUCCAAAAUUUGAGAUAUUUGAUGAUAUUUAGUUGUUCUGGUCUAAAAUAUGUGUUCUCGCAUUUAAUUGCCCGAGAACUUUUGAAUCUUGAAGAGGUAAAGAUAAUUGGCUGUCCGGACAUGGAAACUAUAGUCAGAAUCACAGAGGAAAAUGAAGAAGAGGCGACAAAAUACAUGAUUUUGUUUCCGAAACUGAACACAUUUGAACUAGAAUACCUGCCUCGUCUCACAAGUCUUUGUCCAGAGGGAUUUACAUUUCUGUGCUCAUCCACAAAAAAUAUGCGCGUGAAAAUUUAAAGACAUUGGAUGCUGUAAUUCCACAAAGAAAGAAGUUGGAGAAUAACUUGAAGAAGGAUUCAACAAGUCGUGAUUUCAGCACUUCUCCAACACGUUCAUCGAAUUGGUGCCCUGCUGGAUGUGGAUGCGCACCAUACUCAAGACCAAACGCCCACCGCCCCAUUGAAAUAUUGCCACGUCCAAUUAAUUUGGAGGUUACACCAACUAAUCUUGAGGACUCAAAUGAUGAUGAUAAUCUCGAAAGUCUUAUUGUACGUGAGUGUAAAUCAAUGGAAGUGAUUUUCCAACUCAAGGGACCGAAGCAUGAAGAAAAUAGUCACUCCGUUGAAGCAUUCAAUAAAUUGAGGUUCUUGAAGUUAUAUACAUUGCCAAGUUUAACGCGUGUUUGGGAAACGGAUAGUUCACAACCGAUGUUGACAGGAAGCAGCUUCGGAAACUUGAAAUCGCUGAAGGUCGGUUUUUGCAACCAGUUGAAAUACUUGUUUUCAUCGUCCACAGUCAAACUUCUUGUGAGUAUAGAGGACAUAGAAGUUGAAUUCUGUGAGAAGAUGGAAGAAAUCGUUGCCGCAGAAGAAGAAACUGAUGAAAUAAUUACGUUACCUAAAGUGAAGAUCAUGUGGCUUCGAAGUCUGCCAAAACUCAAGUAUUUUUGUGGUGAAGCUUAUACUUUGAAGUUGCCGUCUUUGGAGGUCUUGGUGGUUACUGACGUGCAAAACUUAAGCCUAUUCGCUCCAAAGCUUAUUGCCACACAUCCCCGAUUGCAAGUACGCACCGCGUUGGGAGUGGUUGAAUGGAAGGGGGACCUCAAUGCCACUCUAAGGAAUAUUUACGUCACAAGGAAGGGUGAAGAUGAUGAAAUCGACAGGGAGGACGAACACAAUUAAUUGAUCAAGCACAAAGAACAACAAUUCAAAGAAGGUUGUGGCUUCAACAAUUCGUUUACUAUCUCAUAUGUACAAACCAAUAAAAUGUCAUUUGUUGCACCAGACUUUCAUUCCAAAAAUACUAUUUGUGUUGCUUAUUUUAUGCAUGUAUGAUAAAUUUCGAGUGCAAUUGUUACUGUUUGUAUCUAAGUUCGCAUUAUUAAUGUUUGUUUAUUUGCCCGAAGAAAUGAGAAAUGCUUAUGUAAAAAUAAAUGAAUUAAGAUUAAAACAAGAAAAACUUUACACUACUCAAACUUGCAAACACUCAAACUACAAGCAUUAUGAAUAAACACGGAAUCAGGCUACGCAAUUGCCUUCAUCAUAACAUGAUUUUGGCCCCCAUUUUCUAAUUUCCUACCACAUUUUCACAUUCUUUCCAUGAAUUUUAUAAUACCUAUGCAAAAGAGUUCAAUCUAGGGGCUCCAAAAAUAU